AUGCAGGCUAUAAUUUUAAUGCACCCACAUGCGAGUCAUGCAAAGCAUUUUUCAGGAGAAAUGCGCUCAAGGCAUAGCGAGAGACCAGAUCAUGUGAUCAAGCACAUUCCCGAAAUGACAUUCAUAUCACUUAUAUCUGGAAUGGGAGGGCUAACGGGUAUGUGGCUCGGAAAUCGGUGGUAUUUGACCAAUAUUUGGUUCAGUUGGCGGGGGGUCAGUAGGGAAUGGCGAGUCUGUGACCCCUCCCGAUUGAUGAACCUGGUUAUGCUCAUCCAUCCACACCGUUAUGCCGCCCUUCAUGACCAGUUCCCUUGGUUCUUCCUUACAGUUGUAUCCCGUAAAAUCCUCGUAAUAUGUGCCAUAAUCAUCCAUCCCAUAGUAACAUUUAACAUCCAGAUCGAGUUUGUCAUUUUGUGUAAUGUCUAUGGCAAACAACUCGAUAUGAGCACAUUCAUAUAUUUGUAUCACAUGUUCAUCACUUUAGUGGUGAAUAUAAGAAAUAAAGUCAUGACAAUGGAUGAGAUGCCCUGA